AUGACAACAACUAUGCAUCAGCUACUCAACACAAGUGCAUUGGAAAAACCCUGCCUAACAAGACAGGCAGCAAAGACAGAUCCUUUUCCUUUCCCUUUACUGUGCAUAGCCCUCUUCCUAGCCUUUGCGGUGCUACUAACCGCAGACUGGCACGACGAAGAAGAGGAAGAAGAUCUACUUGAUGUACUGCCGUACGAGGAAGAAGAGGACCCCAGCGACAUAGCACCUGUAUCGGCUUCCCACUCACCGGCAGGCUCGCCUAUGGAAGAUACCUCUUCUACUUCUACUGAAGACAAUACAGAAUCUACUACAUGUCUUUCAAGCAUAUCUAAAUACCCUACAGAAGACACCACAAGGGCAUUAUCUAGUUUGAACACUAAAGAUGUCAGCACUACACCUGACCACAGUACAACUGGGGAAGUAUCUAAAGAAUAUAAAUCCAGCACUGAAUUUGCAUUGAGUACAACUGAUCUAUCACCAUCAGAAAAAAUGACCAGCACUGAAUUUGUAUCGACUACAACUGAAGAUAUAUCACCAUCAGAAAUAAUGACCAGCACUGAAUUUGUAUUGAGUACAACUAGAGAUCUAUCACCAUCAGAAAUAAUGACCAGCACUGAAUGUGUAUCGAGUAGUACUAGAAAUAUAUCACCAUCAGAAAUAAUGACCAGCACUGAAUUUGCAUCGAGUACAAAUGGAGAUAUAUCACCAUCAGAAAUAAUGACCAGCACUGAAUUUGUAUCAAGUACAACUGGAGAUAUAUCACCAUCAGAAAUAAUGACCAGCACUGAAUUUGUAUCGAGUACAACUGGAGAUAUAUCACCAUCAGAAAUAAUGACCAAUACUGAAUUUGUAUCGAGUACAAAUGGACAUAUAUCACCAUCAGAAAUAAUGACCAGCACUGAAUUUGCAUCGAGUACAACUGGAGAUAUAUCACCAUCAGAAAUAAUGGCCAGCACUGGAUUUGUAUCGAGUACAACUGGAGCUAUAUCACCAUCAGAAAUAAUGACCAGCACUGAAUUUUUAUCGAGUACAGCUGGAGAUAUAUCACCAACAGAAAUAAUGACCAGCACUGAAUUUGUAUCGAGUACAACUGGAGAUAUGUCACCAUCAGAAAUAAUGACCAGCACUGAAUUUGCAUCGAGUACAACUAGAGAUAUGUCACCAUCAGAAAUAAUGACCAGCACUGAAUUUGUAUCGAUUACAACUGGAGAUAUAUCACCAUCAGAAAAAAUGACCAGCACUGAAGUUGCAUGGAGUACAACUGGAAAUACAUCACCAUCAGAAAUAGUGACCAGCACUGAAUUUGCAUCGAGUACAACUGGAGAUAUAUCACCAUCAGAAAUAAUGACCAGCAGUGAAUUUGCAUUAAGUACAACUGGAAAUAUAUCACCAUCAGAAAUAAUGACCAGCACUGAAUUUGCGUUGAGUACAACUGGAGAUAUAUCACCAUCAGAAAUAAUGACCAGCACUGAAUUUGCAUCAAGUACAUCAGGAAAUAUAUCACCAUCAGAAAAAAUGACCAGCACUGAAUCUGUAUCGAGUAAAACUGGAGAUAUAUCACCAUCAGAAAUAAUGACCAAUACUGAAUUUGUAUUGAGUACAACUGGAGAUAUAUCAAAAUCAGAAAUAAUGACCAGCACUGAAUUUGCAUUGAGUACAACUGGAGAUAUAUCCCCAUCAGAAAUAAUGACCAGCACUGAAUUUGCGUUGAGUACAACUGGAGAUAUAUCACCAUCAGAAAUAAUGACCAGCACUGAAUUUGCAUCAAGUACAUCAGGAAAUAUAUCACCAUCAGAAAAAAUGACCAGCACUGGAUUUGUAUCGAGUACAAUUGGAGCUAUAUCACCAUCAGAAAUAAUGACCAGCACUGAAUUUUUAUCGAGUACAACUGGAGAUAUAUCACCAACAGAAAUAAUGACCAGCACUGAAUUUGUAUCGAGUACAACUGGAGAUAUGUCACCAUCAGAAAUAAUGACCAGCACUAAAUUUGCAUCGAGUACAACUAGAGAUAUGUCACCAUCAGAAAUAAUGACCAGCACUGAAUUUGUAUCUAUUACAACUGGAGAUAUAUCACCAUCAGAAAAAAUGACCAGCACUGAAUUUGCAUCGAGUACAACUGGAGAUAUGUCACCAUCAGAAAUAAUGACCAGCACUGAAUUUGUAUCGAGUUCAACUGGAGAUAUAUCACCAUCAGAAAUAAUGACCAGCACUGAAGUUGCAUGGAGUACAACUGGAAAUACAUCACCAUCAGAAAUAGUGACCAGCACUGAAUUUGCAUCGAGUACAACUGGAGAUAUAUCACCAUCAGAAAUAAUGACCAGCAGUGAAUUUGCAUUAAGUACAACUGGAAAUAUAUCACCAUCAGAAAUAAUGACCAGCACUGAAUUUGCAUCAAGUACAUCAGGAAAUAUAUCACCAUCAGAAAAAAUGACCAGCACUGAAUCUGUAUCGAGUACAACUGGAGCUAUAUCACCAUCAGAAAUAAUGACCAGCACUGAAUUUUUAUCGAGUACAACUGGAGAUAUAUCACCAACAGAAAUAAUGACCAGCACUGAAUUUGUAUCGAGUACAACUGGAGAUAUGUCACCAUCAGAAAUAAUGACCAGCACUGAAUUUGCAUCGAGUACAACUAGAGAUAUGUCACCAUCAGAAAUAAUGACCAGCACUGAAUUUGUAUCUAUUACAACUGGAGAUAUAUCACCAUCAGAAAAAAUGACCAGCACUGAAUUUGCAUCGAGUACAACUGGAGAUAUGUCACCAUCAGAAAUAAUGACUAGCACUGAAUUUGUAUCGAGUUCAACUGGAGAUAUAUCACCAUCAGAAAUAAUGACCAGCACUGAAUUUGCAUGGAGUACAACUGGAAAUACAUCACCAUCAGAAAUAGUGACCAGCACUGAAUUUGCAUCGAGUACAACUGGAGAUAUAUCACCAUCAGAAAUAAUGACCAGCAGUGAAUUUGCAUUAAGUACAACUGGAAAUAUAUCACCAUCAGAAAUAAUGACCAGCACUGAAUUUGCAUCAAGUACAUCAGGAAAUAUAUCACCAUCAGAAAAAAUGACCAGCACUGAAUCUGUAUCGAGUACAACUGGAGAUAUAUCACCAUCAGAAAUAAUGACCAAUACUGAAUUUGUAUUGAGUACAACUGGAGAUAUAUCACCAUCAGAAAUAAUGACCAGCACUGAAUUUGCAUCGAGUACAACAAGAGAUAUAUCACCAUCAGAAAUAAUGACCAGCACUGAAUUUGCAUCGAGUACAACUGAAGAUGUAUCACCAUCAGAAAUAAUGACCAGCACUGAAAUUGUAUCGAGUACAACUGGAGAUAUAUCACCAUCAGAAAUAAUGAACAGCACUGAAUUUGCAUCGAGUACAACUGGAGAUAUAUCACCAUCAGAAAUAAUGACCAAUACUGAAUUUGUAUUGAGUACAACUGGAGAUAUAUCACCAUCAGAAAUAAUGACCAGCACCGAAUUUGCAUCGAGUACAACAAGAGAUAUAUCACCAUCAGAAAUAAUGACCAGCACUGAAUUUGCAUCGAGUACAACUGAAGAUGUAUCACCAUUAGAAAUAAUGACCAGCACUGAAAUUGUAUCGAGUACAACUGGAGAUAUAUCACCAUCAGAAAUAAUGAACAGCACUGAAUUUGCAUCGAGUACAACUGGAGAUAUAUCAGCAUCAGAAAUAAUGACCAGCAGUGAAUUUGCAUUAAGUACAACUGGAAAUAUAUCACCAUCAGAAAUUAUGACCAUCACUGAAUUUGCGUUGAGUACAACUGGAGAUAUAUCACCAUCAGAAAUAAUGACCAGCACUAAAUUUGCAUCAAGUACAUCAGGAAAUAUAUCACCAUCAGAAAAAAUGACCAGCACUGAAUCUGUAUCGAUUACAACUGGAGAUAUAUCACCAUCAGAAAUAAUGACCAAUACUGAAUUUGUAUUGAGUACAACUGGAGAUAUAUCACCACCAGAAAUAAUGACCAGCACUGAAUUUGCAUCGAGUACAACAAGAGAUAUAUCACCAUCAGAAAUAAUGACCAGCACUGAAUUUGCAUCGAGUACAACUGAAGAUGUAUCACCAUCAGAAAUAAUGACCAGCACUGAAAUUGUAUCGAGUACAACUGGAGAUAUAUCACCAUCAGAAAUAAUGAACAGCACUGAAUUUGCAUCGAGUACAACUGGAGAUAUAUCACCAUCAGAAAUAAUGACCAGCACUGAAGUUGCAUGGAGUACAACUGGAAAUACAUCACCAUCAGAAAUAGUGACCAGCACUGAAUUUGCAUCGAGUACAACUGGAGAUAUAUCACCAUCAGAAAUAAUGACCAGCAGUGAAUUUGCAUUAAGUACAACUGGAAAUAUAUCACCAUCAGAAAUAAUGACCAGCACUGAAUUUGCAUCAAGUACAUCAGGAAAUAUAUCACCAUCAGAAAAAAUGACCAGCACUGAAUCUGUAUCGAGUACAACUGGAGAUAUAUCACCAUCAGAAAUAAUGACCAAUACUGAAUUUGUAUUGAGUACAACUGGAGAUAUAUCACCAUCAGAAAUAAUGACCAGCACUGAAUUUGCAUCGAGUACAACAAGAGAUAUAUCACCAUCAGAAAUAAUGACCAGCACUGAAUUUGCAUCGAGUACAACUAAAGAUGUAUCACCAUUAGAAAUAAUGACCAGCACUGAAAUUGUAUCGAGUACAACUGGAGAUAUAUCACCAUCAGAAAUAAUGAACAGCACUGAAUUUGCAUCGAGUACAACUGGAGAUAUAUCACCAUCAGAAAUAAUGACCAAUACUGAAUUUGUAUUGAGUACAACUGGAGAUAUAUCACCAUCAGAAAUAAUGACCAGCACUGAAUUUGCAUCGAGUACAACAAGAUAUAUAUCACCAUCAGAAAUAAUGACCAGCACUGAAUUUGCAUCGAGUACAACUGAAGAUGUAUCACCAUCAGAAAUAAUGACCAGCACUGAAAUUGUAUCGAGUACAACUGGAGAUAUAUCACCAUCAGAAAUAAUGAACAGCACUGAAUUUGCAUCGAGUACAACUGGAGAUAUAUCACCAUCAGAAAUAAUGACCAGCAGUGAAUUUGCAUUAAGUACAACUGGAAAUAUAUCACCAUCAGAAAUUAUGACCAGCACUGAAUUUGCGUUGAGUACAACUGGAGAUAUAUCACCAUCAGAAAUAAUGACCAGCACUAAAUUUGCAUCAAGUACAUCAGGAAAUAUAUCACCAUCAGAAAAAAUGACCAGCACUGAAUCUGUAUCGAGUAAAACUGGAGAUAUAUCACCAUCAGAAAUAAUGACCAAUACUGAAUUUGUAUUGAGUACAACUGGAGAUAUAUCACCAUCAGAAAUAAUGACCAGCACUGAAUUUGCAUCGAGUACAACAAGAGAUAUAUCACCAUCAGAAAUAAUGACCAGCACUGAAUUUGCAUCGAGUACAACUAGAGAUAUAUCACCAUCAGAAAUAAUGACCAGCACUGAAUUUGCAUCGAGUACAACUGAAGAUGUAUCACCAUCAGAAAUAAUGACCAGCACUGAAAUUGUAUUGAGUACAACUGUAGAUACAUCAACCGUAAAAUUGACUAGCACUACAUAUGAGCACAGUACAAAUGUGGACACAUCAACUGAGGUAAUUGCCAGUACUCCAUCUGAACUAAGUACAACUGGAGACAUAUCAACAGAGGAAAUAAUCACCAGCCCUACCUCUGUAUUGAGUAGAACUGCAGAUAUAUCAACUGCAAAAAUGACUAGCACUACAUAUGAGCAUAGUACAAAUGUGGAAACAUCAACAAAUGAAUUAAUUACAAGCACUUCAUCUGAAAUAAGUACAACUGGAGAUAUACCAACAGAAGAAAUAAUUUCCAGCCCUGCAUCUGUAUUGAGUACAACUGUAGAUACAUCAACCGCAAAAAUUACUAGCACUACAUAUGCGCAUAGUACAAAUGUAGACAUAUCAACAUCUGAGUUAACUGCCAGCACUUCAUCUGAACUAAGUACUACUGGAAACAUAUCAACAGAAGAAAUAAUCACCAGCCCUGAAUCUGUACCGAGUACAACUGCAGAUACAUCAACCACAAAAAUGACUAGCACUACAUAUGAGCAUAAUACAAAUAUAGACACAUCAACACCUGAGAUAAUUUCCAGCACUUUAUCUGAACUAAGUACAACUGGAGACAUAUCGACAGAUGAAAUAAUUUCCAGCCCUGCAUCUGUAUUGAGUACAACUGUAGAUACAUCAACCGCAAAAUUGACUAGCACUACAUAUGAGCACAGUACAAAUGUGGACACAUCAACUGAGUUAAUUUCCAGUACGCCAUCUGAACUAAGUACAAUUGGAGACAUAUCAACAGAGGAAAAAAUCACCAGCCCUACAUCUGUAUUGAGUACAACUGCAUAUAUAUCAACCGCUCAAAUGACUAGCACUACAUAUGAGCAUAACACAAAUGUAGACACAUCAACAUCUGAGUUCAUUUUCAGCACUUUAUCUGAGCUAAGUACAACUGUAGACAUAUCAACAGAGGAAAUAAUUUCCAGCCCUGCAUCUGGAUUGAGUACAACUGUAGAUACAUCACCCGCAAAAUUGACUAGCACUCCAUAUGAGCACAGUACAAAUGUGGACACAUCAACUGAGGUAAUUGCCAGUACUCAAUCUGAACUAAGUACAACUGGAGACAUAUCAACAGAGGAAAUAAUCACCAGCCCUACAUCUGUAUUGAGUAGAACUGCAGAUAUAUCAACAGCAAAAAUGACUAGCACGACAUAUGAGCAUAGUACAAAUGUGGAAACAUCGACAACUGAAUUAAUUACAAGCACUUCAUCUGAACUAAGUACAACUGGAGAUAUACCAACAGAAGAAAUAAUUUCCAGCCCUGCAUCUGUAUUGAGUACAACUGUAGAUAUAUCAACCGCAAAAAUGACAAGCACUACAUAUGAUCAUAGUACAAAUGUGGACACAUCAACAACUGAGUUAAUUGCCAGGACUUCAUCUGAACUAAGUACAACUGGAGACAUAUCAACAGAGGAAAUAAUUUCCAGCCCUGCAUCUGGAUUGAGUACAACUGUAGAUACAUCAACCGCAAAAUUGACUAGCACUACAUAUGAGCACAGUACAAAUGUGGACACAUCAACUGAGGUAAUUGCCAGUACUCCAUCUGAGAUAAGUACAACUGGAGACAUUUCAACAGAGGAAAUAAUCACCAGCCCUACAUCUGUAUUGAGUAGAAAUGCAGAUAUAUCAACAGCAAAAAUGACUAGCACGACAUAUGAACAUAGUACAAAUGUGGAAACAUCGACAACUGAAUUAAUUACAAGCACUUCAUCUGAACUAAGUACAACCGGAGAUAUAACAACAGAGGAAAUAAUCACCAGCCCUGCAUCAGUAUUGAGUACAGCUGUAGAUACAUCAACCGCAAAAAUCCCUAGCAGUACAUAUAAGUAUAGUACAAAUGUAGACACAUCAACAUCUGAGUUGAUUACCAGCACUUUUUCUGAACUAAGUACAACUGGAGACAUGUCAACAGAGGAAAUAGUUUCCAGCCCUGCAUCUUUAUUGAAUACAACUGUAGAUAUAUCAACCGCAAAAAUGACAAGCACUACAUAUGAUCAUAGUACAAAUGUGGACACAUCAACAACUGAGUUAAUUGCCAGGACUUCAUCUAAACUAAGUACAACUGAAGAGAUAUCAACAGAGGAAAUAAUCACCAGCCCUGCUUCUGUAUUGAGUACAACUGCAAAUAUAUCAACCGCAAAAAUGACUAGCACUACAUAUGAGCAUAGUACAAAUGUGGACACAUCAACAACUAAUUUAAUUACCAGCACUUCAUCUGAACUAAGUACAAGUGGAGCCAUAUCAAAUGAGGAAAUCAUUUCCAGACCUUCAUCUGUAUUGAGUACAACUGGAGACAUUUCCACAGAGGAAAUAUUCACCAGCCCUGCUUCUGUAUUGAGUACAACUGAGGAUUUGUCAACCACAAAAAUGAUUAGCACUACAUAUGCGCAUAGUACAAAUGUGGAAACAUCAACAACUGAAUUAAUUACAAGCACUUCAUCUGAACUAAGUACAACUGGAGAUAUUCCAACAGAAGAAAUAAUUUCCAGCCCUGCAUCUAAGAAAUAA